AAAAAGAAAAGUAAAAAAGCAGGUAGGGUAUCAUUGGAUCGAGACUUGAAUAAGGUUUCCACCGAACACCAUUACCAAGGGCUUGAAGGAACGGUCUGUUGCUGACGGACUCGCAAUCGACGAUGAUUCAGCUUCUCUUUACUGUAAUCGCAGCCCAAAUGGCUCUGAUUUUGACUCUCCUCUUCAGGACGCCUCUCAGGAAGCUUGUGAUCUUGAGUUUGGAUCGUCUUAAGCGCGGAAAAGGCCCAAUCGUCGUUCAAACAAUCGCCGGAACUGUCUUUGUUGUGCUUCUUUCUAGCGUCUAUAGUAUGGUUAAGAUCCAGAAUCGAAUGGUUGAGGCUGGUGAGGUUAAUCCCACGGAUCAGGUCCUUAUGUCUAAUCACUUGCUUGAAGCUUCUCUCAUGGGGUUUUUGUUGUUCCUUGCACUGAUGAUUGAUAGACUACAUCAUUACAUCCGAGAGCUUCGACUACUCCGGAAGACCAUGGAGGUUGCAAAGAAGCAAAUUCGAGCAUCAGAGGAUGCAAGCGCAGAGAAGCUUAAAGCCUUGGGAGAAGAGGCAAUUACCUUGAGAAAUAAAAUAACCAAACUGGAAUCUGAAGUUGAGAUAAAAACAAAAGAAGCCAAUGAUGCAGAAGCGGAAACAGAUGCCUUAAGAAAGCAAUCUGAGGAAUACCUGCUCGAGUAUGAUCGCUUGCUGGAGGACAAUCAGAAUCUCCGGAAUCAGUUGGAGACGAUCGAACAUGGCUCUUCAUAAUCUCCAACGAAACAGGUUGUCGUAAAAUCUUUUUCGCAUUAGGCUUCAGAAAAUAGUGCAUUUAGGCUUCUUUGCUUUGUAUCAAUGAAAUGAAAUUAAGCUGGAAAAUUUAUGGAAAUAUGUUCCUUAGUAAACUUGGUAAAGUAUUAAAUGUGGAAGCUUAAUGCAUUUAGACUACUUUCCAUGGCUGUUUAUUUGUAUGUCUUUUGAAUGUAAUUACAUUGUAUAUGACGUGUGAUCCAAUGUAAUUGAUUUUGGCACUUGCAAAUUCACAGGUGGAAA